UUUUUUUUUUUUUUUUUUUUCCAGGAAAAUAAAGCCCAACAGCCCUCUCUCGCUCUCUUUCGGAGUGGAUUUCUAGGGUUUCAGUUUUUCAUGCCUGAGCAGAACCAGAUCUCUAAUGGCGGAUACUCACAUUGGAAACGGCGAGCUAACUCCGAGCUCGGAUUCUGCUAAAUCAGUGGUUCUUUGCACGUCGGCUUCGUUCAAGUCCAGGAAGAAGAGCUCUAUCUCUCGGGUGGGUUCUGAGGUCGACGACUUCAUCAACCUCUUGCACGGUUCCGAUCCAGUCAAAGUCGAGCUCAAUCGUCUCGAAAAUGAAGCUAGAGAUAAGGAGAGGGAAUUGGGAGAGGCGCAAGCUGAGAUCAAGGCACUAAAGUACUCCGAGCGUCUUAAAGAAAAGGCUGUCGAAGAGCUAACUGAUGAACUGAAAAAAGUGGAUGGAAAGCUAAAGGCAACUGAAGUUCUUUUAGAGAACAAGAACCUUGAGAUCAAGAAGAUAAAUGAUGAGAAAAAAGCAGCUCUUGCUGCACAAUUUGCAGCAGAAGCCACACUUCGUAGAGUCCACGCUGCUCAAAAGGAUGAUGACAUGCCCCCAAUUGAGGCCAUCAUCACUCCACUGGAGGCAGAGCUAAAACUUGCUAAGCUUGAGGUUGCAAAGCUACAGGAUGAUAAUAGGGCACUAGAUCGGCUUACUAAAUCAAAGGAAGCUGCUCUACUUGAAGCCGAGAGAACUGUACAGAUUGCCUUGGCAAAAGCAUCGCUGGUUGAGGAUGUUCAAAAUAAGAACCAGGAGUUAAUGAAGCAGAUUGAAAUUUGCCAGGAGGAGAAUAAGAUCUUAGACAAAAUGCAUAGGCAAAAGGUUGCAGAGGUCGAAAAGCUAAGCCAAACUGUCCGUGAGCUAGAGGAGGCUGUUCUUGCUGGUGGAGCUGCUGCAAAUGCUGUGCGUGAUUACCAACGAAAAGUGCAGGAGAUGAAUGAGGAGAGGAAAACUCUUGAUCGGGAACUAGCUCGUGCAAAGGUUACUGCAAAUCGAGUUGCAGUUGUAGUUGCAAACGAAUGGAAAGAUGCCAACGACAAGGUUAUGCCUGUGAAGCAGUGGCUUGAAGAGAGAAGAUUUUUCCAGGGAGAAAUGCAACAACUUCGAGACAAACUGGCAGUAGCAGAGCGAGCUGCAAGAGCAGAAGCCCAGUUGAAGGAAAAAUAUCAAUUGCGACUCAAAGUUCUUGAAGAAGGAUUGAGACACCCCCCUAGUGUAAAUGGCCGUACCACAUUGGAAGGAAGAAGCAUAAGCAAUGGGCCUUCCAGGCGGCAGUCCCUUGGUGGGGCAGAAAACCUAUCCAGGCCAUCUUCCAAUGGCUUUUCAUCAAGGCGGUCGUCAAAUUCACAACUUGGAUCUGUGGCUUCAAACAGUGCAAGUGUAUUGUUAAAGCAGGCCAAGUGUUCAUCAAGAUCAUUUGAUGGCGGUAGCAGAUCGGUUGACAGAAAUAAAGUCACAUCAGGUGGUACUGGAAAAGUUACUACACCCAACAAAGUCACUGAUGGCAUGCAAAAUACUGAGACAACUACUACAUGCAAGGACACUUCAGAUGGGAAACCAAGUGAGAACACAAAAGCAGGUCAUGAGGAAUAUGUGUCUGGACUUUUGUACGAUAUACUACAAAAGGAGGUCAUUAUCUUGAGGAAAGCUUGCCAUGAAAAGGAUCAGAGCCUCAAGGACAAGGAUGAUGCAAUAGAGAUGCUCGCAAAGAAGGUUGAUACCUUGAAUAAAGCAAUGGAAGUUGAGGCCAAAAAGAUGCGAAGAGAAGUAGCUGCCAUGGAAAAGGAAGUAGCAGCUAUGCGGGCUAACAAUGAUCCAAGGGCACGGCGCCUUAGUGCUCCCAGGGGGGCUGUCAAUAGUUCUCAGUUGCUUUCUGCUAGGAAUAUGCGACACUCAUAGUGCCAUCUCAGUUUGAAUGCACACAAUGACUGGAUCGGGACGAUUUUUUGCACUUCGAGUUCUCCAGUCAAUAGGUUCAUAUGAUUUUAUCAUGUUUUAAUUGUUCUGUUUUUUCCCUAAUUUUAUAUAUUCAUCUGGCCUGAUAUUGCUCCCACAUUUCAAAAGCUGAGUGAUUGGGGGCCAUUGGGUAUCGUUGGCUGUCUUUUGAGGUUGAUGGGGGCUGUGUCAGAGAUGAAUGUGUGUUGGUUGUUUUUCUUUUUUUUUUUUUCUGUUUUUUUCCUCGUGCCUCUACCAGCCAAUCUAUAUAUGUAAAGAACUGACUAUGGGUUUUGGGAGAGCGUCAUCCUGUUGUAUAUUUUUGUAGCAAUAAUAGAGUAAUUCCAAUUUGUGCAUAGAAUUUCUGAUAGGAGGAAGUUCAAGACUUGUAAAUGCAACAUGAUGAUUUGACGCUCCAACAAGAAGAUUGAUUGAGAUACUAUUUGUUGCA